GUUUAUGUGCUAAUUAUUUUGAUACAGUGUAGUAAUGAAACAGGAAAAGCAAAUCAUUCCCAAGAAUAUCUGUGUACUGGUUGAUAAGAGAAUAUAAUAAUAAAAGUUUUGAUCUGGAUUGAAUUCUGUCAGGAGUAUCAUGAUGGAUGAUGACGAAUAUGAAGGGACUGCUGGCAGUGAUGUUGAUGACUUGUUGGAUAUAGAAUGUGAUAUGGAUGAUGAUGAGGGUAUGGGACUUGAUGUCUCUCUGUUGAUGUCUGAUGAUGAUGAAAUAGUAGAAACUUUGAUCAACCUUGAAGACACACCAAUUGAAGUUGAUAAACCAGAUUCUAAAGUCAUUGUCUCAGAGAAACCACUGAUUGUACCCAAAUCAGAGGAUAAAAAGAAGUCAGAGAUCAAAGUUGAUGAUAAAAAGAAAAGUGAAGCCAACGUGAAUGAUAAAAAGACACCUGAAGCCAAAGUGGAAGAGAAAGUAGAAGUUAACAAGAAACCUGAAGCCCAAAAGGAUGAUAAAAAGAUACAAGUUGUGAAGGAUGAUGAUAAAAAGAAUACAGAUGUGAAAGCUGAUGAUAAACAGAAACUGGAAUCAAAGGCCAAUGCAGAUAAUAAACAGGGAGAUAAACUGAAGGCAGAUGAUAAACAAAAACCUGAACCAAACCGGAAACCGGAACCAAAAGUGGAAGAUAAAAAUGCAUUGAAAGCUGAAGUGGAUAAUAAAAAGACACCAGAACCCAAAGAGGAUGAUAAAAAGAAAUCAGAACCCAAAGAGGAUGAUAAAAAGAAAUCAGAACCAAAAGUCAAUGAUAAAAAGAAACCAGAACUAAAAGUAGAUGAUGAACAGAAAUCAGAACCUAACUCUGAUGAUAAAAAGAAAACUGAAACUAAAACACCCGAAAAGAAAAAUGAUGUUACCCAAAAGAGUGACCCCAAGAAGGAGACAGCCAAGAAAACAAGUGUGACUGAGACCAUUAAGAUUGAAUCUAAGGAAGCUGUGGUGAUUAGUGAUGAGGAGAAUGUAAGUGAUGUUGGUAGUGUUGAUACAAUAGAAGCUGAUGUUGAUGAUUUCCCUGAAGAAUGGAUGGUUAUAGAUGAAAUGGAAGAAGAUGAGCCCUCUAAGUCUAGAACUGACAAGUCUAAGAGAAAUGACACAUCAAAAACCAUUGGUUCUCAUCGGUCAGAAUCUUCUCGUAAUAGAUCACGCCAUAAGAGUCGAUCACGAAGUCGAUCAAGAAAUCGAACAAGAGAUGAGCGGGAUGGUCGUCGAAGCAGAACAUCAGAAAAGGACAGAUCUAGUCAGAAAGAUAAGGAAGGUAAAGAUAUUAAAGCAUCUAAACACAAAACACCAGAGAAAGAUAGGAGCAAGGAGUUGGAAAAAAAGACUGAUGUCAAAAAAAGUGAUAGUGCUUCAAAAUCGGAAGAUUCUAAAACUAAGAAGAAAGAUGAUUCAAAAGCUAACACAAAUAAAGAGACACGAGAAGCAGUUAAAACUCCUGUUCCAGCAAAACCAGUUGAUCCAUUUAAAAACAUGAGAGAUACUAUUGAAAAGUUUGAUAAGAAUUGGAGAUGGAAUUUAAAGAUAUCACCAAUAGAGAUAAAUGAUUUAAAAAGUGAAUCAUUAAGACAGAUUAUUGCAUUAGCUAAUGACAGUGUUAUGGUAUUCAACAUGCAGAAUGAUAAAAAGAGAAAAUAUGGAUUUCUAGAUCUUUGUGUGUCCUCUGCGGGUGAUAUACGCACAGCAAUUGAUAAGUUAUGUCAGCUGAAACUGGAGUCAAAUUUUAUACAUGUCAGUAUUUCCCAUAAAUUGUUUGAAGAGAACUCUGGAACAGAGUCAGCACUCUUAAAACUGGAUAUGAAAGAAGGGAAAUGCAUUACAUCACAACCCACUAAAGGCACCGAAAAACAGAGACAGAUAAAUAUCUCCAACGGCCCAAAAGGAAUGUCAAAAAUAAUGCUAGAUGCUGUCUUCUCAAAAAUUGCUAAAAUAGAAAUAAGUGAAAAUACUCAGAAUGACACAAGUUCGGCAACAGUUCUAUGUGCCAAUCCAGAAAGUGUUGGCGCCGUUUUGAGGUUUUACCAGUCUGUUGUAAUUGGUGGACGUAGAUUGCAGUUACGAAGUGAAGUGACCCCACCUCCAAAACCAAAAGAUUCUCCAAAGGAAGAAAGAAGGUCCCCAGCUAUUACAAAUAAGUCACAAAAUAACCAGUCUAACAAAAAGUCAAAUCAAAAUGACAGAAAUUCCAGACAGAAUGAUAAUCGUAGACGAUCAGGCAAUAAUGAUAAAAGACGAUCAGCAAGCCGAAGUAAUGAUGGACUACUAGGACCGAUACCAGGAGCUGCUGAUGCUGCAUUUAGUACCGCUAUGGGAUCUGGUCGAGGUUUUGAAAAUGUUGACUUGGAACAAAGGCAUCGGGCUAUAUUAGCUAGAGAGGAGGCAGAGAGACGUCAUGAAUCUAUGAAGAGAUUAGGCUUGAAUAUAGGAGUAGAAAGUUUUAUGGAAAGACCAUCCCUUCUUACUGCUCAUGAAAUGCUUGCACAGGAAACUGAACGCAUGCAGAUGGAAUUAAGUCAGCAACAGAGAGCAGCAGAUAUCUUUGAUAAUAAUUAUAGAGCAGAUUUACUCAGACAAGAAGAAAUGCAGAGACUACAGAGAGAUAUAGAACUUAAACAACAGGCUGAAUUAUUAGAAAGACAAGAACGUCAACGUCAACAAGAUGAACUGUUGUUAAGAUUACAGCAGGAGCAGCAACUCAAAGAACAGCGAAUGGAGCAAGAACGAUUAGAGCGGGAAAAACAAGAAAGAUUAGAAUUAGAGAGGAAAGAAAGAGAACGAUUAGAGAGAGAAAGACUUGAACGUGAGAGAGAAAGACUUGAACGUGAGAGAGAAAGACUUGAACGUGAGAGGUUAGAAAAGGAGAGACAAGAAAAGGAGCAUAAAGAAAGACAACAGAGGCAGGAAAGAGAACGUCUGGAACGUGAGAGAAAAGAAAGAGAACAUCAAGAAGAAUUAAAGAGACAAGAGGAGAUGAGGAGAAAAGAAAGAGACUCAAAGAUGAGACAAGAACAGCAACGAGAUAGUAGGUUCCAAGAUAUGAACAGACGGCAAGAUAUGGUCAGACAAUCAAAUAACCAAUGGCAACAUAACUUACAUCUACAAAAUGAACAGGAACAGUUUGAAAAGGAAAUUGGUAUGGGAAAUAGACAAGAUUUUGGUCGGAGUAAGUCUAAUUUAUUUGAGUAUGAACGACCAGUGGUAGAAGAGAAGAAGAACUUGCAUCAGAAGAUAAGAGAACAGUGGGAGAGACAGGUAGCAGAAGCAAGUAAUAAAGGAAAUUCUGUUUCUAGUAAUACACAGCAGCAUGAUAUGAGAAGAAAUGACAGUAAUAUUAGUAGCUGGAAUAGAGGAGACAAUACUGGUAACGGUAAUUCUGGCUAUGGUGCUGAAUGGAAUAGUCCUAGUCAUACUGCUGGCAGUCAAUCUGGUUUUGGAAAUAAUUGGUCUUCACAGAAGGCACCUGGUUUAUUGGGUGCUGCACCAGAUCAGCCCAAUAUGUCUCCGUACACUUCUGCAGUACGUGAAUAUGAUCAUCAGCCAGUUAAGAGAAGUAAUCCUUGGGGUGAAGAAACACCUAAUUAUGGUGAAAAACGCUUACGAGAUCAUGAAGAUAGAUAUGGUUCCGUUCCAAGAGAUUCACCAAACUUUAACUACAGACAAGGAUCUCAAGAUCAAUGGCGACAGGCUAAUACAAGAGAACCAGAGAGAAACUUGAAUCAGUCUUGGGGUGCUGAUCCGUACGAUAGACAUCGACAGGGUCAACAACAAUAUAAUACCAACUGGUAGACUGCUUGACUCAAAAUCUAUUGAAGAACUAUUCAUAUUGUAAUAGAAACUGUUGUUUUUGUGAAAUUUCUUUUCCGUAUAAUGUUCAUUUUAGUCUCAUAGAGAGAGAGAAUUACAACCAACAUUUUCAUUCCAUUUCAAGAAAUAUUUAUACCAAAGUAUCAGAUUGUUGACUCCAUUAUUGAGUUGACAUUAUAGUUUUCAACGUGCAGUACCAGAUAUGGAAAAUUGUGUCAGCCAUUGCUGAAAUGGAUUAUGUAACUUAGAUUUAUUUAGUCUCUGAGAAAACUGAAGUUACUAGAAUGAUUUUAAAAUAUUACAAAGUUUUUAAAUGUUAUACACCAUUACAUUGUUUACCAUAUAUAUAUAUAUAGAGAGAGAGAGAGAGAGAGAGAAAUAAUUGUGACAUACUUUAAAAAAUUUCCCCAUGAAUGAAUGUUUUUUGUCCCCCGCCUUUCGAAGAAAGCAGGGGACUAUUAAAAUGGGUUCGUCCGUCUGUCUGUCCGUCUGUCUGUCUGUCUGUCCGUCACACUUUUUGGGACACAAUAACUCUCUUCCUAAUUGAGCUAGAAUGUUCAAACUUGGUGUAUGUGUUUAUUAGGUCAAUGCCUUGAUGGAGUUCGAAGAUGAGCAUUUUCCGCUUAGGGUAAGCAGAGAUAAGCAAUUUGAUUGGUUGAUGCUUUGGGACACGAUAACUCUCUUCCUAAUUGGGCUAGAAUGUUCAAACUUGGUGUAUGUGUUGAUUAGGUCAAUGCCUUGAUGGAGUUCGAAGAUGAGCAUUUUCCGCUUAGGGUAAGCAGAGAUAAGCAAUUUGAUUGGUUGAUGCUUUGGGACACGAUAACUUUUAAUUGAGCUAGAAUGUUCAAACUUGGUGUAUGUGUUUAUUAGGUCAAUGCCUUGAUGGAGUUCGAAGAUGAGCAUUUUCCGCUUAGGGUAAGCAGAGAUAAGCAAUUAGAUUGGUUGAUACUUUGGGGCACGAUAACUCUCUUCCUAAUUGAGCUAGAAUGUUCAAACUUGGUGUAUGUGUUGAUUAGGUCAAUGCCUUGAUGGAGUUCGAAGAUGAGCAUUUUCCGCUUAGGGUAAGCAGAGAUAAGCAAUUUGAUUGGUUGAUGCUUUGGGACACGAUAACUUUAGUUCUAAUUAAGUGAGAUUGAUGAAACUUGGUGUAUAGAUUUAUUAUAUGAAUACCUUAACUAAGUUCGAUAAUGAACAUUUUUUGCUGAGGGUAAGCAGAGUGAUAAGCAAUUUGAUUGGUAGAAACUUUGGAACACAAUAACUCUCCUUCUAAUUGAGGUAGAAUGUUCAAACUUGGCAUAGGUGUCUAUUAGGUGAAUGUUUAAACUUGAUGUAUAUGUAGAUGUUCAUUAGGUGAAUGUCUUGACUGAGUUCAAUAAUUAACAUUUCGAGCUGAAGCUAAGCAGAGCUAAUCGAUUUCAUUUGUCGAUGGUUUGGGACAAGAUAAUCUUGAUUCUAUCUGAUAGAGAGUGAUGAAACUUAGUGAAAAAAAUAAAUGUGCGAUUAAUUAAUAUGUGUCAUCUAUUUAUUUUGCAAUUUCGGCGGGGGACAUCAGCCUCACUGUUGGCUUGUUUUUUUAUCAAUUGUCUGUUUAUAAAUUAGGAGAAAUCAUAAAAACUUGAUUUUGACAUGCUAUAUAUGUAUCUGUUCCUCAUCUAAUUGUCAUGUUUGUAUCUUUUACAAAAAGAAUAAAUAAUUCUGGAGUUGUAAUUCUAUUCUCUGUCCCAGAAACUUUGGUUAGGUGAAGAGCAUCUUGGCAUAACUGUAAUCAUAACAUUAUUAUGUUCCACAGAGCUUGAUUGCUGAUGGAUGGGUCUCUAAACUUAAGAAUCUAAAGUGCACUUUUGAUAGGCGUCUUGUAUCAACAAACAUAUGUUACAUCAUCGUCUUAUUCAAAUUACUAUUUUGUUUCAUCUAUAUAUUUUUUAGCUUUAUAUGCCCACAUUGUAAAAUGAUCUUACAGUCUUCUUUAAGCGACAUUAAUUAUCAAUUGACACACGUAAUAACACAAAAACAUAAUGUGGAUUAUAAUUACACUUUUAAUUAAAGUGACACUUCAUUGAGGGUUCUCUAAAUAUUAUCAAGCAAAAGAUGGAUAUAUUAAUGUUUACAAAAAAACAAAUAACAACUAAUUAACCAAUAAUCCAUAGGGAUUCAGAUGAUAGGUAACAAAUAUUUUAAGAUCAUAACAUCUUAAUGUGUUCUGUUUAGGUGUACAUCAAAACUUCUUGUUUAACGCACUUUAGGAAAUACACUUGAUAUUACAAAACAAAAUAGAUUAGAUAAUAUUAAGAUAUUAUCAACAUAAUUAUAUUAAACAACGUAUAUUUUGAUCACUGUUCAUUGUCCCCAAUUUGGGCUAGUUUCCUAAACUUUGCAAUACCCAUGACCAAUAAGGACACUAUUUUUAAAACCGAGCCUUUAUCAGCCUUUAUCGAUAAUGAUCAUUUUCUGCUCAGGGUAAGCAGAGUUAUAAGCAAUUUGAUUGGCCAAGACUUUGGAACACAAUAACUCCCCUUCUAAUUGAGCUACAAUGUCCAAACUUGGUGUAUGUGUUGAUUAGGUCAAUGCCUUGAUGGAGUUCGAAGAUGAGCAUUUUCCGCUUAGGGUAAGCAGAGAUAAGCAAUUUGAUUGGUUGAUGCUUUGGGACACGAUAACUUUAGUUCUAAUUAAGUGAGAUUGAUGAAACUUGGUGUAUAGAUUUAUUAUAUGAAUACCUUAACUAAGUUCGAUAAUGAACAUUUUUUGCUGAGGGUAAGCAGAGUGAUAAGCAAUUUGAUUGGUAGAAACUUUGGAACACAAUAACUCUCCUUCUAAUUGAGGUAGAAUGUUCAAACUUGGCAUAGGUGUCUAUUAGGUGAAUGUUUAAACUUGAUGUAUAUGUAGAUGUUCAUUAGGUGAAUGUCUUGACUGAGUUCAAUAAUUAACAUUUCGAGCUGAAGCUAAGCAGAGCUAAUCGAUUUCAUUUGUCGAUGGUUUGGGACAAGAUAAUCUUGAUUCUAUCUGAUAGAGAGUGAUGAAACUUAGUGAAAAAAAUAAAUGUGCGAUUAAUUAAUAUGUGUCAUCUAUUUAUUUUGCAAUUUCGGCGGGGGACAUCAGCCUCACUGUUGGCUUGUUUUUUUAUCAAUUGUCUGUUUAUAAAUUAGGAGAAAUCAUAAAAACUUGAUUUUGACAUGCUAUAUAUGUAUCUGUUCCUCAUCUAAUUGUCAUGUUUGUAUCUUUUACAAAAAGAAUAAAUAAUUCUGGAGUUGUAA